CAUGGUUACUGAGCUCAGAUCAGUUAAGGGGCAGAGAGCCUCCCCUCCUCACUGCUCUAUAAAAGAGACCCAGCAAAGAGACCCUACCAGCUUCUAGCUCUCAGCCUCGACGAACGUGUGAGAAGCAAAGCUGGAGCCCUCUGGAGCAGAAAGCACCAGCUGCAGAGGCAAGGCCGGCAUGGCUCCUGCUUUCAAACUUCGAUGCCACUUCAUCCUGAUCUGCCUGAUGGCUCUAAGAGGGGAGAGCCGGUACCUAGAGCUGCGAGAAGCGGUGGACCAGGACCCUUUCCUACUCUUCAGCGCCAACCUGAAGCGGGAGCUGGCGGGGGGGCAGCUGUACCGCCGCGCUCUGCGGUGCCUGGACAUGCUGAGCCUCCAGGGCCAGUUCACUUUCACCGCCGACCGGCCGCAGCUACACUGCGCCGCCUUCUUCAUCGCGGAGCCCGAGGAGUUCAUCACCAUCCACUAUGACCUAGUCUCCAUCGACUGUGAGGGCGGGGACGUCCUGAAGGUAUUUGAUGGUUGGAUUCUCAAGGGGGAGAAGUUCCCCAGUUCCCAGGAUCAUCCUCUGCCCACAACUGAGCGGUACAUAGAUUUCUGUGAGAGUGGUCUUAGCCGAAGGAGCAUCAGGUCCUCCCAGAACGUGGCCAUGGUCUUCUUCCGGGUUCAUGAACCAGGAAAUGGAUUCACAUUAACCAUAAAAACAGAUCCUAACCUCUUUCCCUGCAACGUCAUCUCCCAGACCCCAAAUGGAAGGUUUACUCUGGUAGUUCCACAUCAGCAUCGCAACUGUAGCUUCUCCAUCAUUUAUCCUGUGGUGAUCAAAAUAUCUGAUCUCACCCUGGGACACUUAAAUGGUCUGCAGUUAAAGAAGUCCUCAGCAGGCUGUGGGGGAAUUGGAGACUUCGUGGAGCUGCUGGGAGGAACUGGACUGGAUCCCUCCAAGAUGACGCCUUUAGCUGACCUCUGCUAUCCCUUCCGCGGCCCUGCCCAGAUGAAAAUUGGCUGUGACAACACGGUGGUGCGCUUGGUCUCCAGUGGAAAACAUAUAAAUCGUGUGACUUUUGAGUACCGCCAGCUGGAACCAUAUGAAAUGGAAAACCCAAGUGGAAACAGUAUCCAGGAAUUCUGUUUGUCUAGUCUUUGAAUAACCAUGUCAGUGAGUUCCACGCUGCUAGCUAAAUGAGUUUUUAAUGGCUAUUAUAUAUGAUUUUGAUGACCAGCUAGUUAAGAGCCUUCCAUACCAAUCAGUAUUCCCAACCUUGAGCACGUAUCUCUCUCUCUCUCACGCACACACCCCCAACCGUGAGCACGUAUCUCUCUCUCUGUCACACACACAUACACACACACACACACACACACACACACACAAAUUUUUGUACCUUGCUUCUUUUUCAUUUGUAAUGUAUAAAUGACCACAUGGUGGAAAAUGAGCCCCCCCUCCCUUUGGUAGAAAAACAGUUUUCUGUAUUUCUUUGAAACCUGAGCUGGUAAGGCAAGUGCAAAGAAAUGUGUAAUGAAAAAUUGUAUCUCAAGGGAAAAGACUACAAAGAAAUUAAAAUGAUAGCGUUCUUACCAGUUUUAUACAGAAAACAAAUGUCUGUGCAUAUCAAAGUAGUUGAAUCUGUUUAUUUAUUUUCUGCUUAUUAUUCUGUUUACAAUAGAUAAUCGUUGUACCUAGUAUUAUUCACUGGUUGGUUACACCUUGUUUUUAACAAAACACUGUAGCAUGGGAAACGUUUUGCAUCCGUAAAUACAAACACGAAUAAAUAUAUUCAGAA